AAAUGAUUAGAAGAAGAAUCUCUUCGAUCAUUUCGACAUCUCUCAUCAGCUCUUCGAUUCAUCAUACCGCCAAACCCAGAUUCAUCUCUUCCCCACUUCUUCAAUGCCGUCGUUCUCCGAUCCUCACUCAAAUUCCUACCUUGGCAAGUAGAGUUUCGUCGUUUCAGGGAAUUAGGGCUUACAGUUUGUUGAGCUUGAACGAUCUAAGAGACAAUGUGCCCAGAAAACUCAAGACGAGGAAAGGAAGAGGUAUUGGGUCUGGUAAAGGUAAAACCGCGGGGAGAGGUCACAAGGGGCAAAAAGCGAGAGGAACGAUGAAGUUUGGUUUCGAAGGUGGGCAGACUCCAUUACGACGCCGUUUACCCAAACGUGGCUUCAAGAACAAAUUUAAGCUCCAUUUUCAGCCUGUUGGCCUUGGAAAGAUCGCUAAACUCAUAAACGCUGGGGAGAUAGAUUCUCAUGAAUUGAUCACAAUGAAAACGCUCAAGGAUGUGGGAGCCAUAGGAAAGCAGAUAGAAGACGGAGUAAGACUAAUGGGUCGUGGUGCUGAUGAGAUCAAGUGGCCGCUUCAUUUCGAGGUUUCGAGAGUGACGGUUAGGGCCAAGGAGGUGAUAGAAGCUGCAGGAGGAUCAGUGAGAAGAGUGUAUUACAACAAACUGGGCUUAAGGGCAUUGCUUAAACCGGAAUGGUUUGAGAAGAAAGGAAGGUUGUUGCCAAAAGCAGCGAGACCGCCUCCGAAACAACAAGACAGGGUCGAUAGCAUCGGACGUCUUCCCGCUCCGAAGAAACCCAUCCCGUUUUUUGCAGCUGAGGAUAACAAAGUCGAGUCUCCUGUGGAAUCA